AUGGAAGUGUACACCGAGAAUGCGGGGAAACGGGAAGCGAAACGCCGUAACAUGCGAACUAUCAUUUUUGGGGCGAUCGCGACAGUUGUCAUAUUGGCACUAGUUGGCGUAGUCAUAUGGCUAAGCGUUCGCCCCGGCAAAGAGGACCAAGAUGCAAGAUGCUCAAAACUUUGUCACAAUCCCAAAUUUUUACAACCACAUCCGCCACUUAUUGUUAUAUCACUCGAUGGUUAUGCGCAUAAAUAUUUAUCUAAAAAGAUACAGCCAACAUUGGAGAAAAUUGCAGAAUGUGGGGUUUCUGCUAAAGUGUACUCAUCUUUUCCCUCCCAAACGUUCCCAAAUCAUAUCGUUAUGGCGACCGGUCUAUACCCUGGACACCAUGGAAUUGUGGGUAACACUAUAUAUGAUCGGAAUCUGAGUUCAAAACCCGAAUAUCUGGGCACUAAUUCCGUAGAUGGACAUUAUGUCAAAGAACCUGUAAGUGCAAUCUUAUAAUC